AUGUCAUCUCUCUCCGCAUCGGUUGCAGAGGCUAAUAAGCUUACUUCUAGUGGUUAUUCAUCAGUUCAAGAUCCUGUUCGUUUUGCAAGGCGGGGUGCAUUGCGAGAAAAGAAUGUCUCAUAUGUGAAGGGUCAUGAGUUUGUUGCACGAUUCUUAAAACAAUUCACAUUUUGCGGGCAUUGUAAAGACUUCAUAUGGGGCCUUGGUAUACAAGGUGUUCAGUGCAAAACUUGUCUGUUUACGGUUCAUAAAAGGUGUUAUCAACUAGUUACUUUUCAAUGCCCUGGCGCAGAUACUGGGCCAGAUACAGACUUUGAGAAAAAGCACGAUUUCGUGCUGUACACGUAUACAAGCCCAACGUUUUGUGAUCACUGUGGUUCCCUUCUUUAUGGUUUGCUACAUCAAGGGUAUAAAUGUAAAAACUGCAAUUUAAAUGUUCAUAAGAGAUGUACAUCUAAGGCUCCACGACUUUGUGGAAUGGAUCAUACAGAAAGGAGAGGCCGGAUGAAGGUUUCAAUUACAGCUCAAACAGGAAGAUUAAAAGUUGAAAUUUUCGAAGCUAAAAAUCUUGUUCCAAUGGAUCCAAAUGGUCUAGCAGAUCCGUAUGUGAAAAUCAAACUGCUGCCCAGUGACGAGGGUGGUAAAUCCAAGCUGAAAACAAAAGUCUGUCGAUCUACACUAAAUCCUGUGUGGAAUGAGACGUUUUACCUUGCUAUAUCAGAUGACGAUCAUUCAAAGCGUCUUUCAAUUGAAGUUUGGGAUUGGGAUCGUACUUCUCGAAAUGAUUUUAUGGGUUCUUUUUCCUUUGGGGUUAGUGAAAUCAUUAAAGAAUCUGUGUCAUCAUGGUACAAACUAUUAAAUCAAGAGGAGGGUGAAUUUUAUUCAUUACCAUGUAUUGAUGAAUUUAACACGGCUGUUUUAGAAUUGCGUAAACGUAUGGAACGUAUGUCUACUGAACAUUUAAACUUGGCAAGUAGUCAAAAUAAGAUAUCAACCUCAUCAACAAUAUCACAGCAUAAACCAGAUAUUCCUCGACCAAGUGAUUUCAAUUUCCUUUAUGUUUUAGGGAAAGGUAGUUUUGGAAAGGUUAUACUUGCUGAACAGAAACAUAUGGAUGAACUAUUUGCUGUGAAAAUUCUGAAAAAAGAUGUAAUUUUACAAGAUGAUGAUGUAGAAUGUGCUAUGACAGAGCGUAGAGUUCUUGCUUUGCCGAAUAAAUCCCCUUUUUUAGUUCGAUUACAUUCAUGUUUCCAAUCUAUGGAUCGAUUAUAUCUUGUGAUGGAAUAUGUAAAUGGUGGAGAUCUUAUGCAUCGCAUUCAACAAGAAGGAAAAUUCAAAGAACCUGUAGCUGUGUACGCUUGA